AUGUCUCGGAGGAUGCUGCGUCACCCCCCGAGAUCAACACAUCCCCGGAGGCUGCACCCCAGAGAUCAACACAUCCCCGGAGACUGCACCCCGGAGAUCAACACAUCCCCGGAGGCUGCACCCCGGAGAUCAACACAUCCCCGGAGGCUGCACCCCGGAGAUCAACACAUCCCCGGAGACUGCACCCCUGAGAUCAACACAUCCCCGGAGGCUGCACCCCGGAGAUCAACACAUCCCCGGAGACUGCACCCCGGAGAUCAACACAUCCCCGGAAACUUCACCCCGGAGAUCAACACAUCCCCGGAAACUGCACCCCGGAGAUCAACACAUCCCCGGAGGCUGCACCCCGGAGAUCAACACAUCCCCGGAAACUGCACCCCGGAGAUCAACACAUCCCCGGAGGCAGCACCCCGGAGAUCAACACAUCCCCGGAGGCUGCACCCCGGAGAUCAACACAUCCCCGGAGGCAGCACCUCCGAGAUCAACACAUCCCCGGAGGCUGCACCCCGGAGAUCAACACAUCCCCGGAGGUUGCACCCCGGAGAUCAACACAUCCCCGGAGGCAGCACCUCCGAGAUCAACACAUCCCCGGAGGCUGCACCCCGGAGAUCAACACAUCCCCGGAGGCAGCACCCCCGAGAUCAACACAUCCCCGGAGGCUGCACCCCGGAGAUCAACACAUCCCCGGAGCCAGCACCCCCGAGAUUAACACAUCCCCCGGAGGCUGCACCCCGGAGAUCAACACAUCCCAGCAGUUGGCACACGAGUCUCAGGUUCUAG